AUGGAAGCUAUGCUGUUGUUUAAAGAGGAGGUUGAGAGGAAUGAAAGUGCAAAGUGGAAUUCGACUCUAAACAAGAAGAACGGCACUGGUAUGUGGGCUGGCAGGGAAAGUGGGCUGGCAGGGAAUGUGGGCUGGCAGGGAAUGUGGGCUGGCAGGGAAUGUGGGCUGGCAGGGAAUGUGGGCUGGCAGGGAAUGUGGGCUGGCAGGGAAUGUGGGCUGGCAGGGAAUGGGAAGUGGGCUGGCAGGGGAAGUGGGCUGGCAGGGGAAGUGGGCUGGCAGGGGAAGUGGGCUGGCAGGGGAAGUGGGCUGGCAGGGGAAGUGGGCUGGCAGGGGAAGUGGGCUGGCAGGGGAAGUGGGCUGGCAGGGGAAGUGGGCUGGCAGGGGAAGUGGGCUGGCAGGGGAAGUGGGCUGGCAGGGGAAGUGGGCUGGCAGGGGAAGUGGGCUGGCAGGGGAAGUGGGCUGGCAGGGGAAGUGGGCUGGCAGGGGAAGUGGGCUGGCAGGGGAAGUGGGCUGGCAGGGGAAGUGGGCUGGCAGGGGAAGUGGGCUGGCAGGGGAAGUGGGCUGGCAGGGGAAGUGGGAAAGGGAGUUGAGUGGAAUGGCAACCCACAGCACAGCAGCCCAUCCAUCCAUCCCGCACCACAUGCCAUGCCACCCGCCUGUUUCCCAACCCCUUCCCCAUUCGCCACAGCCUCUCGUAUAAGGAAGUCGCCUCUCAUCUCUCGAGCCCUCCUCCUCUUUGCCACUCCAACCCAACCUUUCACGGUCUACAUGCCUCUUGCUCCACCCACCACCCUCACUGCCUCCCACACUCGCAUCGCACCUCCCACACUCGCACCUCCCACACUCGCACCUCCCACACUCGCACCUCCCACACUCGCACCUCCCACACUCGCACCUCCCACACUCGCACCUCCCACACUCGCACCUCCCACACUCGCACCUCCCACACUCGCUUGCUCGAGUCAACGGCGGUCAACGCCACUCCCAUACAAUCCACUGCCGCCACUGCCCUGCUCUCACCACCACCACAUGGCCCCAUUGUGGGCGGGUGGGGAGGUGGGGACUGUCGCCCGCCCCGGCGCGCUAUCACUGGCGAACCGGGGUGGCGGGGGGAAGGGGGGCGGAGUGGUGUGGUGGGGGAGUGGCAGCGCGGGGGGUGGCUACAAGGGGCAGUCAACACACGGGUCAGGGGGUACGUGCACACGGGGAGCACGUUCGGUUGCAGCAAGCCAGUAUGAGGAAAACUCGAACGUCCCAAUGCACUCUCACCCAUCCCCUCUUCCCUUCCUUGCCUCCCCCUUCACCUCCCCCUUUGCUUUCCACCUCACCUGCCCGUUCGCCUUCCCAAUUUCCUUCCCCCUUUCCUGGGGAACGUCGCCACAUGUCUAUCGAGGGCGCCUGCAACGGGAGGGCCUCCGCGUCGCGCCGCCAUCGCAGGUCCGCCCUCAACCUCAUCCGCCGCGCAAACACGCGUUGCUAGCGGCGUCAAGCGGAGGCGGACAGGGGAAGCGGCGCGCAACCGUCGGAAAGCAUCCGCGCGCCAUAAGGAGAGCGCGGGGCGGUGCCGACGAGCCAGGGGCGUAG